AUAAAUGAACUUUGACUAAAAAAUUGACGACCAAACACGAUAAUUAUUUUUGAUCAACAUUCAUUGCUUUAGAUUUGUGACAAAAAACUUGUAGUGAUAGAAUUGAUUCUGGUUAUCGUUUUCGAAUCGUUGAACAAAACGAAUUCAACUCGUGAAUUAAAGUUUGAAGCAAGUUUUAUACGAUGUUACAUAACCUCAAACAUUUGUCUGUGUUCAGAAUAGGUUUUUUUGGCGCGAAUGCGGAUCAACGGUCAAAUCCAUUGAGAAAAUCAAUGGCGUUCCGAACGAUUGCCAGCUAUGCGUCCGGAUUGCUCAAGUGUUGGCGAUGUGGUAAUGAAAAUGCAGCCGUUGGCAUCCAGUUCAAAUGUACCAAAUGCCAGAGUUUACUUGAACUACCCGGUGAUGUGGAUCACUUUCAAUUGCUGCGGGUAGAUAAGAGAUUUGACAUUGAUGUCAAAGCGUUGACAAAUCAAUUUCGACAGCUUCAAAGUGUAUUGCAUCCGGACAAAUUUAGCAAUAGUUCCGAGAAAGAGAAACAUUUGUCAGCCGAAUGGAGUUCACUGGUGAAUAAAGCCUACAAAAUAUUAUUGUCACCGAUUCAACGGGCCGAAUACAUGUUGAAAGCGCACAAUGUCCAAAUAUCCGAAGACAACACAGCCACCAAUACCAAAUUUCUUAUGGAAAUGAUGGCACGCAAUGAAGAGGUCGAUGAAGCCGAGACGGAGAUGGAUCUCAUCAAGCUCUUGACGGCCGUGCAUAAAGAUUGUCAAAUUUGUAUCGAUCAGCUAGAAAUACUGCUUACCUCAAAUAAAUUGACGGAAGCCAAAGAUCAAUUGAUCAUAUUGCGUUAUUUAUUAAGUUUAGAAAAUAGUAUUAAAGAAAAAGGAAAUCGCCUUGGCAUCAAUUUGUGAUCAAUCAAUUUGUAGCGAAACCAAAAUUUGCUAUUAUCAUUUUAAAAUAAAAGUCGAAAAAUGAA